AUGCCGCGACCACCAAUCGUGGUGUGCUACAUUUGCCACCGUGAAUUCGGCACCGCCUCCAUCGGAAUUCACGAGAAGAGUUGUCUCAAAAAGUGGCGCGAUGCUAAUAAUAAGCUACCACCCUCUGAGCGUCUUCCUGAGCCCAUCAAGCCAACCACUUUUCCCUCCCCCUCUCCGGAUACCCAAGUCGCCUCCGACACCACCGUGGGUUUCGUGGACAAUCGGCAGAUCAAAACCACCGGCCAAGACCCCAACGUCGAGGCCUACAACGCUGCCGCCGCACAGACCAAAACCCUCGCCACCUGUCCCAAAUGUAGUCGUCACUUUGCACCCGACCGACUGAAGGUGCACCAGGCGCAUUGCAAACCCCCACCCAAACUCGCUCGCCGACACACAUAUGAGGCGCGCAGACCCGAUGUGGAGGUUCAUCUGCUCCGCACUCCCCUGGGCGGCAAAACCUCUGUCCCCAAGACUUCCAUUAAACGAGCGACCAGUAGCAAGGAGGGCCUUAUCGCGUGCAAAAUCUGCGGCAGAACCUUCGCUUCCGGUCGAAUCGAGCGUCACCAGGCCGCGUGUCGCGCCACACCCGUAAAGCCACCCUCCUUUAAGUCCAAACCGACGGGACGCAGACGUUCAACCUCGACGAACCGCACGCAGCCGAACCAGGCCACGCCGACUUGCGGUAGCUGUGGUGCCAAAGUAACUGCGGGAGAGAAGUUCUGCGUGCGCUGCGGAACUCCAAUACCCCCCAUGUGCUCACAGUGUGGUGCCCCUUUGGUCGAGGGGGCAAAAUUUUGUGCUCACUGUGGUCGACCAGUUCAGGCAAACAAAAAUAACGCCAAUCUGAUGAAGACUCGAGCCUUGUUCGCGACUCUACGGUGCAAGAGGCCAACUGGUUCCCGAUGA